UGAUUUAUUUUCUAAUUUAUAUACAAUUUUUCUUCCCUUGGAUUUCUUUUCAGUUUGAAAAACACAUUCCACAUUUUUGAGAAAACCGGCGGGAAAUUCUGAUUAACGAAGAAAACAAAACUCAAAGAAGCAGACGUAGGCGAACUUUCUAUACAAAUUUUUAGAAGUCAAUAAGUUUGGUGAACGACUCUAACUAAUAUAUUUAUUGGCUGUCAACGAUGAGCAAAAACAAAGACGUACAAAAAGCAGUUUUGGAGUAUCUUAAUCAACAAAAUCGUCCUUAUAGUGCAAUUGAUGUAUUCAACAACCUUCAUAAAGAAUAUGGCAAAACAGCUGUUACAAAAUCCCUUGAUGAAUUGGCUGAAUCUGGCAAAAUUAAAAAGAAAACCUAUGGCAAACAGUGUGUGUAUGUUGCCAACCAGGAUAAUUUUUCAAGUCUAAGUGAUGCUGAAAUGAAAACUCUGGAAACGGAUGUUCAGAAGCUUACUUCCAAGUUACAGAACUUACAAAAUGAAGUCAGUUUAUUAGAAAAGGAACAGAAACAACUUAGCUGUUCGUUGUCCACUGAAGAAGCUCAGAAACAACUUGAGACUUACACCAAAGAUAAUGGAAAGCUGUCUGAGAAACUAGUCAAAUUAAAAGCUGGGAAUGCAAUUGUUAUCACAAAAGAAGAAAAGGAUAAGAUUUACCAAGAAAGACAGAAGUGUGUUAAAGAAUGGAAAAAGAGGAAACGAAUGGCCAAUGAUAUUUUAAAUGCCAUCCUAGAAGGUUACCCCAAAACCAAGAAACAUUUAUAUGAAGAAAUUGGUGUUGAAACUGAUGAAGACUGUGGUGUGACUAUUCCGAAUGUUUAAAGUCGCAAAAACCAUUGAAACCAGUCUAUUUAUAGCAAAAGACAGAAUUGUUUAUUUCAAUUGAAAUUUAUUGUAUGUUGAAAAUAAUUUAUUUAUUCACUUGGUUAGUUUUGUUUAUUUAGUUUUUAUUUAAUUUUCAUUUAUUUCAUUUUGUUUUAAAACUUAUUUGAUAAUUUUGAUUUUCAAAGGCCACGUUAUGGGAAAAUGGAAAUAGGAUUGCUGUAAAAUCCAGGCAUUUCAUGGGAGCAUUUUUGUGUAGAUAUAAAGCAGCUUGAAGGAGAGACAACCCAUAAUAUUUGCUGUUUGUCUGUAGUCAUAACACAGUAAAAGGCUACGUAAUGUAGACCUCGUCCUCCAAGUCAUUAUUGGUAGCACUACUGUGUGAAAACAUUUCUUGUUAUUUAAACGUCAACAGAAAGCAAAAUGCGCCCACUUUUCUCAAGUAAGAGGCUCUAUGUCUCAGAGAAUAGAUUGAUGACUUUCUCCAAGUCAGACUUCCAAAGGAGGCUCAAACAAGCUCUGACUUUUAGACAUAAUGACAAGUCAAACAAGACAGGAAAAACUGGAAGUCAUCAGAAAGGAAUGCAGGGGACCAUAUGACGGUGGCCUGAGGUUUACAGGAAGCUGAAAAGCUAACAAUAGCCAGAAAUAUUUACAGUAUAUGUGAAGUAAAAUGAGUUUUACUAAAACUGAAACUUGUAUUUAUAUUACAUUUUGCUCUCUUGUCUGUAAACUGGUUGAGAAUUUCUUCUAAACAUACCUCUAAAAUGUGUUCAUUAUUACUGCCAGCUGGUUGUGACAUUUCAUCUCUCACUGCAAUCUCUGUUACCUAUUCUGGUAUUAGAAUAAACGCAGAGGGCUGUUCUAAAGGCCUUAAUACUAUUUAGUUACAUGUCUGUUAGAAUCCAAAUCCUACUUGGGUCAUCUUUGUCUUUCAUCCUUCCAUGUGGUUAAUAAAAUUAGUACCAGCCAAAUACUGGAGCUGAUUUGGUCAACUA